AUUCUGCAAUUGUUGGUUUUCACCAGUGACGCAGGAACGAACAUUCUAAAUCUCCUUUUACUUCCUGGAGGUCUAGGCAACCUUUUUCAUAGUCUCUACUCUCCCUCCCACCUCACCCCUAAGCUCACUGCUUGGAGAAAGACCAAUUCGCACCUGCUUCUUUCCUACCCCACCCCCAGUCUACCCUUACCCUGACAGUUUCCCAUCACCAACGGCAGAGAGCAGAGAAAUAGGCGUUUUCUAGUUCCUCCCCCACCCCUUUACUUUUUCCGGGUACCGUGAGUCGGUUGGGGGAGGGCAUCCUCUCUCACCCUGGCCGCUCAUUCUGAGACCCGGGGCUGUCUGCUGAAUGAAUUCUGCCGGAAAAUGGAACACUCCAGUUUUCUGGCCGGCCUGAUACUGUCUGUCCUUCUCUCCCAAGUGAGUCCCUACAAGAUAUCCGUGGAGGAACUGGAGGACAAGGUGUUGCUGAGUUGUAACACCAGCAUCAUAUGGAUGGAGGGAACGAUGGGAACGCUAUUCCGCAACGAUACAAAUCUGGACCUGGGAAAACGCAUCCUGGACCCACGAGGAGUGUAUACGUGCAAGAGGCCAGACGAACAAGACAAGAUACCUUACACGCAAGUAUAUUAUCGAAUGUGUCAGAACUGUGUGGAAUUGGACUCAGGCACCCUGGCCAUCAUCAUCAUCUUGGACAUAAUCGCCACUCUUUUGCUCGCUGUGGGGGUCUAUUGCUUUGCGGGGCAUGAGACCGGAAGGCUCUCUAAGGCCGCUGACACUCAAGCUCUCCUGGGAAAUGACCAGCUCUAUCAGCCCCUGCGAGAUCGGAAUGAUGCUCAGUACAGUCAUCUUGGUGAAAACUGGCCUCGGAAGAAGUGAACCGGAGACCGGUGGCUUAUAGGAGUAUCAGCUACAUCGACUGCACCUCCUUUCCUUGUUCAGCCAAUAAAGAUGUCUUCUCUCCCUCA